AUGGACCUUAAAGAUGUACCCGUAGCGAACGAGCCCAAAACCAACAAGACAAACCUUGCAGAAGUCCAGGGGGUACCUGAAGAUGACGAAGAAGUUAAAAGGUUGCUCAGAAAGUUGGGAGAGCCUGUUACAAACUAUGGAGAAGGACCAGGGCGAAGAAGAGAAAGACUCAAAAAUGUACUUGAGAUGAGAUCGAAAAGUGAACCUGACGAGAUGAGUGAAGAGGAAGACGACGAUAACGAGGUGUUUUAUACCCCAGGACCAGAAAGCUUGCUUAUUUGCAGAAAAAAUAUUCUCCAUGAUUCACUCAAACGAGCGUCUCAGCGUAUAAAGGCUCAAUCAGAGGCGACUAAAGAUCCCAUUAAGCUACUUAAACAUCGAAGAAAUAUUAACUCCCGACUCAAGACUUUCGAAUUGUUAGGCUCUCAAGUGGUUCCUGGGGUUACCAGAACAAUUUCGUCUAUUCGAGCUUCGCCCUAUGGUGGUAUUCUAGCAUGUGGUUCAUGGGACGGCACAGUGAGUAUUCUCAACCAAGAGGACCUCAAGACCAAAAUUCAGAGGACUGGACACCUGGAAAAGGUGGGUUCCAUAGACUGGGGCCCUGAAAAUACUUUUGUUUCUGGGGGUCAAGAAGGUAAUAUAAAUCAGUGGAAGUUGGAUUUAUCUGACGAUACAAUGGAAGCGGCCACUAUAGAGCGUGCACAUGGAGAGAGAAUUACCAGCACGUUGUACCAUCCCACGUUUGACUACAUAGCAUCUACGUCAUUUGACCAAACCUGGAAGUUGUGGGACGCAAAUACCCACGAAGAACUUCUUGUUCAAGAGGGCCAUUCCAAGCUGGUUUUAUGUGGAGCAUUUCAACCGGAUGGUAGCAUUUUCUGUUCCGGUAGCCAGGACGCUAUGGCACGCUUGUGGGACUUGCGAAGUGGAAGAUGCAUAUCAACAUUACAGGGCCAUGCUCAAGCAAUUCACAGUAUCGAUUUUUCUCCUAAUGGGUACCAUAUGGCGACCGCGAGCGCUGACUGCCUGGUAAAAGUCUGGGAUCUCCGGAAGAUCACACCCAAUAAUUCAAACGAGAUUUUCACCAUACCUGCUCAUACAAAGCUCGUUAGCUGUGUACGAUUUUUCCAUGGAACAAGGUUUCCCGGCGCACUUUCACAGGAGGUUACCGACGAAAAUGAUAAUGCUGGUGAGAUCCUUGACUCUAGUGGCUCAUACUUGGUAACCAGCUCUUACGAUGGACUCGUCAAUGUUUGGUCGGCAGACAAUUGGAUCAAAGUGUGCAGUUUACGAGGACAUACAGACAAGGUUAUGAGUUGCGAUGUUAAUGGAGACGGUAGCAGUAUAUAUAGUUGUGGCUGGGACAAGAAUAUCCGCGUAUGGGGAAGUAUAGACUAA